GCUCCCGCUCCCCCUCCCCCGGGCUCCGGCCGCAGCUCCCCACUAUGGCUGCGCUCCGGAGGCUCCUGUGGCCGCCUCCUCGGCUGUCGCCGACUCUCGCCCCCCAGCAGCCCUUCCUGUCGCCGUGGGGGCGGCCUGCGGGGACGGCUCCGGGCCUGUCGGGCCGGCCUUUCUCCUGCCGGGAGGAGGACGACGACGAGGCGGCGGUGGCGGAGGCGGCGUGGAGGCGGCGGCGCUGGGGGGAGCUGAGCAUCGCGGCGGCGGCGGGCGGGGGGCUGGUCGGCCUCGUGUGCUACCAGCUGUAUGGGGACCCCCCCAGGGCGGACCCCUCGGAGUCAGCGGCCCCGGAACCUGAGGACCCGCCCCGGGCCAGGGGGCUGCUGCCCAUCCCGGUGGCUGCGGCUAAGGAGACCGUUGCUACUGGCAGAGCUGUUACUGAAGAUUUGGACCUCUAUGCUACAUCUCGAGAGAGACGAUUUCGUUUAUUUGCAUCUAUAGAAUGUGAAGGACAGUUAUUCAUGACUCCAUAUGAUUUUAUUUUGGCUGUUACAACAGAUGAGCCCAAAUUUGCUAAAACGUGGAAGUCACUUUCUAAACAGGAAUUAAGUCAGAUGCUCUCAGAAACACCACCAGUUUGGAAGGGAUCGUCAAAGCUCUUUCGAAAUCUUAAAGAAAGGGGUGUGAUUUCUUACACCGAAUAUCUUUUUCUUUUAUGUAUUUUAACAAAACCUCAUGCAGGUUUUAGAAUAGCUUUCAAUAUGUUUGACACUGAUGGAAAUGAGAUGGUGGAUAAAAAAGAAUUUUUGGUGCUUCAGGAGAUAUUCAGGAAAAAAAAUGAAAAGAGAGAAACUAAAGGAGAUGAAGAGAAGCGUGCAUUGCUGCGUCUUCAACUUUAUGGAUACCAUUCUCCUACUAAUAGUGUACUUAAAACAGAUACUGAGGAACUCGUCUCCAGAAGCUACUGGGAUACCCUGAGACGUAACACAAGCCAAGCGCUCUUUUCAGACCUCGCAGAGCGUGCUGAUGACAUCACAAGCCUAGUAGCAGACACUACACUUCUGGUACACUUUUUUGGAAAGAAAGGAAAAGCAGAGCUCAACUUUGAAGAUUUUUAUAGAUUUAUGGAUAACCUACAAACAGAAGUUCUAGAAAUAGAAUUUCUUUCCUACUCUAAUGGAAUGAAUACUAUCAGUGAAGAAGAUUUUGCCCAUAUUCUUCUACGGUACACUAAUGUGGAAAAUACAUCAGUGUUUUUGGAAAAUGUGCGCUACAGUAUACCUGAAGAAAAGGGCAUCACAUUUGAUGAGUUCAGGUCAUUUUUCCAAUUUCUGAACAACUUAGAAGACUUUGCAAUAGCCCUCAAUAUGUAUAACUUUGCAAGCCGUUCUAUAGGACAAGAUGAAUUUAAACGUGCUGUCUAUGUAGCUACUGGACUGAAACUUUCCCCACAUUUGGUCAACACCGUCUUCAAGAUUUUUGAUGUUGACAAAGAUGACCAGUUAAGUUACAAAGAGUUUAUUGGAAUUAUGAAAGACAGACUCCAUAGAGGAUUCCGGGGUUAUAAAACAGUCCAGAAGUAUCCGACCUUCAAAUCCUGCCUGAAAAAAGAACUUCACAGCAGAUAAAUCCUCCUAAAACGAAGACUGAAGGAUUAUGAUCUGUGUGACAAGGCAAGAAGCAAGUUUCAGAGUGUGGAUCCAAGUGUGAAGUCAGAGCAUGCAGAAAAUAAAGGGAAAGUGAAAUACUAUGAAAUUACUUUUUUUUCCUUAAGCUGAGUUUGUCAAUGUGAAACAGAGGAGAACUGAACCUUCUAAUUACAAGGUUUAACCCUGGGUUUGAUCCCUAGCGCCACCAAGAGAACACGUACUGCAGAUGCUGAAUAUGAUCAGUUGACCUUUCACCUUGACUGAUGGAAGUCUGAACUUUUUCAUUCCCUUCACAAGUACAUGGGUAGUCCCAGUAACUGAGAAUGUAUUUAGAUGUCUAUUUAUUUAUUAGAAAUGUCUUUAUUUCAAAAGAAUUUAUGAAUGAUAGAAUAUAGAUAGCUUAAAAACAGAAACACAUUUUCUUCUGGUUUGGACUGUGAACCUGUUUUCAGGCAAUGAAUAUUGCUUCUGACUUGUCUUAGGGCCCUUAGACUUAUUCGUAAGUCCCUGUUAUUUACCUUAUAUUUAAUUACACUGAAGUAAUUUCAGAAAACAAGUGAAAAUUUACUACAUAAUAUGAUGGUUUACAUUGUACUUUCAACUUUUAAAAGUACUUAUGUAAUUUACAUUGUUGGAUUUGUGUAAAUUUUUGUUUGUUUUGCUCUUCUUUGUGUGUUUUGUUUUAUUUCUGUACCAAAGUCAACAGGAUUUCAGGUAUUUUAUUUAAAAAACAAUUUAGAUUAUUUUUUUUUUUUUGAAGAAAGGGUAGUGAUCACAUGCUGAUGCUAGAAGCCAGGACAGUGAUAGUAGUAAUUACCAUGGGGUAAACGUGGUGCUGCUCCUAAUUGCAAGUAGAAUAUAUGGAAAUAAUAUUAGUAAUAUACUGGAUAUUAUUAACAUAUGUCUAUAGCAUCAAAACUAAUAAAUGAUUUAGAAGAUUGAUGUACAUUUAAUAGGUAGAAGAUAAUCUUUUGUUUCUUGCAAAAGGACCACAUGCAAAAUUGAUCCAAACAGCCAGUAGUGAUGAAUCAUUUAUAUAUAACUCAUUAUGUCGAAAUAAUAUGUCUUAAAAGGGAAAAUAAAACUUUCUAUUGAAAAAAACCCACUUGAGAAACUGGCCAAGACAGUUAUAACUCAAGGCCUGCCUGGGCUGUAACACAAGCUCAAGGCACUUGGGCAACUUAGAAGAACCCUGCCAAAAAUAAAAAUGCUGGGGAAAUAAGUAGCUGGCAGAGUACUUGCCUACCAUGUGUGAGGCCUCAGGUGUAAUUCCCAACACUGCAAACAAUUUUUUUUCAGAGCUGAGGCAAUCGCUCUACCACUGAGCUAAAUCCCCAACCCCACAAAUUUUUUUAAAACAAAAAAAGGAAGGAAGGAAAGAGGAUAAAGAAAUCUUAGAUUUUUCACACUAAAAAAGAAUUUUAGAAUACUUAAUAGAACUUUGGCUACCUGAUAAAAUUGGCUUAUGCAAAGGUAUUAUAAAAUAAAGCAAUGAGUUUAAGUUAAUAUAUUUAUAUAUUGCAUGUAUUACAUUAUUAAUCUAAUAUCUAAAAGAUUAAUAUAUUCAUUUAUCUUCUUCCAUAAGACUUAUUUAGUAUAAAUUGCAUACACUCCAACCAUUACUUUCUUUUGCAUAUGAAAAUAGGAAACACUGGCUUUAUUUUUCUAAGUUAUUGACUGUGAACUUGAUCUGCAUCAGCUUAUUUAUAAAAGUAAUGUUAUUUCAGUGUUAUUAGUAAUGAUUGAUUUUGUGUUUUUUAGACUUUUCCACAUUCUUUGUCUGGUAUUAUUUAUUGCACCAAUAUAGAAAUAUAAUGUACAAAAUAGUAUAGUAUACUUAUUUAAUUUCACCUGCUUUGAAAUUUUAGUCAUUUGAUGUCUAGACUGAGAUACCUACCUACCUACUCAUUUAUCAUGCCUCAGGCCUGGAAUGUUCUUGGUAAUAUAUGAAAUGUAAAAUAAUUGAAAAAGUACAAACUAGUCUUUGGCAUUUGUCAUAAAUAAAUGGAAACCUUGUUAAUAUGGACUAAAAAUUAAAUAACCUAUUUAAAGAUCCUUUAUAAUUCUUGUCAUUGUCCCAAAGAAAUAACACCUAUAAUAUAAGCAUAGUCACUAUUCUUUAUUGCUUUAUUGUGAAUGGGUCAGUUUAUAAGGUGGCAAGAUAAUAUAAAAAUGAAAAUAAAUAAAAUAGUCUGAUGAAUUAAUAUGGUAAAAGAAUAGUGAAUUACAAUGAUUCCCUUUGUAUCACUCUUAAACAUUUUUGUCUAUAAAAUGGAGGUAGAAAUAUCUCACUGGGGUGUUGGCUACAUCAACUGAAAUAUUUUGAAUGUUUUGCAAAUAAUGCACUAAAUACACAUAUGUUAGCUUCAAUUUUUUCCUCUACAAAUUAUACAGAUUUGACAAACAUUAAACUCUACAUAAAAUUUUAGUGUUAUGCUUCUUAAAGAAAGUCUACAUGAUAAAUGAUACUUGGUACUUUUCAGAAUAGUUUAUAAUAAAUUGUUUUAGCUUAAAGUCUGAUUGUUACUAUAAAUCUUAAUUUUAAAGCUACAUGUCUUACAUUGUUUUAUUAUCUUAAAAUAAAUGUACCUUCUUUGAACCAAGAAA